CAUAGAUACAAACUUGUAAUCGAAUCAAUCGAUCGAUCUCUCUCAAGAAAAAUGGAUGCGUUCUCGUCGUUCUUCGAAUCUCAGUCGUCGUCUCGUAACAGUUGGAGUUACGAUUCUCUCAAGAACCUCCGUCACCAUAUGUUUGUGCUGCAACUUUCAAAGCAGCCUCUCUUUGCUCUUGAGGCUGUGAUCAUUCAAGAAGCAGUGCCACUGCGUGCCAGCAAAGGUCCAUCCUCUGAUGGUCUUCAACAGAAGUACACACAAAGUGGUGGCAGACCGUUUGUUCUUUCAACUUUGAUUGUGGGCUUUGACCCUCACACUGGUGUGCCAUCGCUAUAUCAGACAGAUCCAUCAGGUACUUUUUCUGCAUGGAAAGCUAAUGCAACUGGGAGAAACUCUAAUUCAAUGCGAGAUUUUUUGGAGAAAAAUUAUAAAGAAACUUCUGGGCAAGAAAUUGUCAAACUUGCAAUUCGCGCCUUGCUCGAAGUUGGGGGAAAGACCAUUGAAGUUGCUGUGAUGACGAAGGAGCAUGGCUUGCGGCAACUUGAAGAAGAGGAAAUCGACGCCAUCGUUGCUGAGAUCGAAGCUGAGAAAGAUGCUGCCGAGGCUACAAAUAAUGCAAAGAAGAAGGAUUCAGCCGUGGAAGGUAGUAGCAGUGGUGGUGUCACAGCAAACCUCAGGAAACUACUGAAUGAAACUUUUCAAGGAAAGAUGCUGCUUUUCGAAGCUGAGAAAGAUGCUGUUGAGGCUACAAAUAAUGCAAAGAAGAAGGAUUCAGCCGUGGAAGGUAGUAGCAGUGGUGGUGUCACAGCAAACCAGAGUGAGAGAAAGCCAUCCAAUUUGUCAAGGAGGGAUGGCAAUCAAAGGCCAUCUAAGAUGGAUUUUGAAGUUCCUCCGACAGAGCAUGUUCCAAGGGUAUAUAAGCAGUGA